AAGCAUAUUCUCAGCAACUAUCCUUCAUUACUUUACGCGGCGGACCAAGUAUUUCGAUUCUCAAAUAAUCUCCCAAAAAAAAUUUCCAUCUCAUCUCUGAAAAAUUGAAUCCCUCCAAAAAAAAGAAUUGACAACCAGACCUUCAUGAAUUCAAGAAUCAACGUGGCAUCUAGCGUUUCCUGUAACUCGGGAAACAAGAACAACUCUACUUACUCAACUUCCGUUUGCAUUUUCUCAACUUUCUUUAAGAAUCCAACUGUUUACUUGAACUUCCUUCUAAUUAAGGCCAUUGGUAGAAGUCUUUCAUCAGCUCGAAUCUUAGUGUCUUUCCAUCCAUAGUAUACUUUUUCAGGCUAAUAUUAAACGAGCACUUCAGGCCUUGCUUUCGACUUUCCAUUAUGGUUGCUUCUCAGUUAACCACUCUAAUGGAAAACCAGACGUGCAAAUCCUCUAAAAAUUAUUUACACUUCCCUUUGAACCCCCCCGAUGGAACAAUAUCGGAUAAUGUUGAACUCGACUUUUCUGAUACAUUUGGUCCUCUUCCGACUCACAGAAAUUCAGAAAUUUCAAUCGAUACCUCUUAUGAUGACCCAGUGGUCAUUUACAACCGAUCACAUUCUUUAGUUGGUCCCACACCAAGAGUUAGCCAAUUGUUAAAUCUAAGGAAACUAACCAUAUGUGAAACGGAAGAAUCAUUGGAGCUCAUGGAGGAUUUUAGUGAUGUUAUAGCUGAAGGAGCUGAGGAAGGUUCAGAAACUGAUGAGAAGUGUGUGAAGGUUGAGAGUAUCGGGCUUGAAAAUUUUGAGGUGAUGAAAGUUGUGGGGCAAGGAGCGUUUGGGAAAGUAUAUCAAGUGAGGAAAAGAGACACUUCGGAUAUUUAUGCAAUGAAGGUUGUGAGGAAGGAUAAGAUUGUGGAGAAAAAUCAUGCAGAGUAUAUGAAAGCUGAGAGGGAUAUCUUAACAAAGAUUGAUCAUCCUUUUAUUGUCCAACUUCGAUACUCUUUUCAGACUAAAUAUAGACUUUAUCUUGUUUUGGACUUUGUGAACGGAGGACAUCUUUUCUUCCAGCUAUAUCACCAUGGGCUAUUUCGAGAGGAUCUGGCCCGUAUAUAUGCUGCAGAGAUUGUUUCGGCUGUUUCGCACCUUCAUGCAAAUGGCAUAAUGCACAGGGAUCUUAAGCCUGAAAAUAUACUACUUGAUGUGGAUGGCCAUGCUUUGCUUACCGACUUUGGGCUAGCAAAAGAAUUUGAUGAGAAUGCAAGAUCAAAUUCUUUAUGUGGAACAGUAGAAUACAUGUCUCCUGAAAUUAUUCUUGGCAAGGGACAUGACAAGGCUGCAGACUGGUGGAGUGUUGGAGUUUUGCUGUUUGAGAUGCUCACAGGACAGCCACCAUUUCAUGGAGGGAAUCGUGAAAAAAUACAGAAAAAAAUAGUGAAGGAUAAAUUGAAGAUGCCUGCGUUUUUGACGAGCGAAGCACACUGUCUACUGAAAGGGUUGUUGCAAAAGGAUCCAAGCAAGCGGCUUGGUAAUGGGUUAACGGGAAGUGAUGAAAUAAAGCAUCACAAGUGGUUCAAGCCAAUCAACUGGAAGAAACUAGAUGCUAGGGGAAUCCAGCCUAGCUUUCGUCCUGAAGUUGCUGGAAACCAAUGCAUUGCUAACUUUGAUAAAAGAUGGACCGACAUGCCACUAUUGGACUCGCCUGCUUCUAGCCCAAAUGGGUCAUCCAACCUCUUUCAGGGUUUUACAUAUGUCAAGCCAGCGGCCUCUUUUCUCCAGAGACACAGCCCAGUGUGCUAAUAUUGCCUUUGGGUAUCACGGCUUACUCCAAGCUUGCUUUAUGAUCUAUUUACAUUGUCAAAUUCUACACUAAUACUCUUUCGUGCACAAUUUAAAGUUUCUGUAUUGCAGUAUGAACCAACACUUUCGUUUGGAUGUCAACUACUGUAUUUAUCUACAAUCGUUUACAUUUUUCAA